AUGUUCAGAUAUACAAAGCUAAAACCAGUACUACGAAGGUCCAUAUGUCGAUCCCACAUAAGAUUUAAUUCUUCAAAGAAUCCAAAUCACAACAAUGACAAAAAUAGAGGUGAUAACCAAGAAUCAUCAUCUGAAUUGACCAAGAAAGAUCUGAAUCAUGAUAUACAAGAUUUCAAAAUAAAGCAAGCAUCUUCAAAAUCAGCACCAGCACCAAUGGAAAACACAGGAAUAGAGCACUUGCUUAAAAAAGACAAUAAACCAUACAUACCUAAAUUUCAACACAAGAGAGUUACUUUUGAUUAUCCAGAAUUACCAAAUGAAGAUGAAUACAAUAAUUUAGUUAAAGUACCUAAAAAAAUAACAAGAUGGUCAGCAUACGUACCUAAAAUUUUAACAGUCAUAGCAGUAGCUUGGGGUGCAUACACUUUAAAAGUGUGGUACUUUGAUAACCCCGAAGAAGGAGAAAACAGUAAUGAUUUAUUAAGUCCCAAUGAAUUCCACAAAUUUAUAGUAACUCAUAAAGAACAAAUAGAUCCAGACCACUUUAUUAUAGAGUUGAAACCAAAAUACGAUAGAUGGGAAUUAAGUUUUGAAAGCAACCCCGACUCCAAAUCGGUAUGGAAUGGUCAACAAUUUUGGUCAGUUGAAAUAAAACAACCUGAUAUUAAUGUUGUUAGAUCAUAUACCCCAUUACCUUUACAUUAUUUAAAAUCUGAAUAUACAAGGUCUGGAGAGAGAAAGCCAUUAUUAAAAGUGUUGAAUCCAGAAGUUGAUGAUGUCAAAGAAAAAGGAACUAUGUGUAUUUAUGUGAAAAGAUAUCCACAAGGUGAAGUAUCAAGAUAUAUUACAUCAAGAGAAGUAGGUCAAGAACUAGAAUUACGAGGUCCUCAAAUAGAAUAUAAGUUUCCCUACCAUCCAUUAAAUAAAUUACAUCAAAGACCUAUUUUCAAAGAUUUACCUUCAAAAGUUGAACCAGAUAAUUUUAUUGAAUCUAUUAAAAAAUAUAAUAAGGUACCAGAUGUUGAUAAUUUGAAUUUUUAUGCUGCUGGGACUGGGUUAGCACCAAUUUUACAAGUAUUAUUUUCUGAAAACCCGUAUUUGGGAUUUGUUAACAUUCAUUAUUCAGCUCGAAAACCUGGAGAAAUUGGAAUUCUAGAAAGAUUUUUAUUUUUUUUACAUAAAUUAGAUCGAGUCAAUGUUACAUAUCAUUUCGAUAGUGAAGGAAAAUCAUCAAUAGUAAACAAAAAUGAUAUAAAUAAACCAGAAAUUCCAAAUUAUUAUUCACCAAAAAGAAUAGAAUCUUCAACUUCGAAUUUAUCACCAGAAGAAGCAUUACAAGUACGAAUGAGUAUAUUAAAAGGUGACGAACAUAAAUCUGAAGUUAUUCAACAAUUAAUAAAAUCAACUGAAGAUAGAGGAGAAAGAUACGACACAGCAUUAGAUCAAGCUAAAGUCACAUCACAACAACCAAAAAAGGCAGCAGCUUUGUCAAUUGUAUGUGGUCCUGAUGGAUUUGUUGAUUAUGUAGCAGGCUCAAAAGAUUUAGUUACUAAUAGUCAAGGAAAAAUUGGAGGCUUACUAGGUGAAAAAAGUUGGGAUAAUUCAAAUGUAUAUAAAUUGUAG